UGAACUUUGCUCUUCAUUUUCAUCUGCGCCUUCGCCUUGGUGACCUUGCUGCAGCAGAUCCUAUACAGCAAGAGCUACAUCAAGAGAGGCUUCCAGUUUGCUUGGCAGAGGGGCGACCAGCAGGCCAAUUGGACUGGGCUCUUUAAUGACAGCGACAGCCCAUCAGAGCAGAGCAUCAGUGACUUCAGAUCCAGGUACUUUGAAUUUUACAAGGGGCCUUUAGAAUUUAACUCCACGAGAUGCCUGGAACUGAGGCAGGAGAUCCUGGACGUGAAGGUGCUAUCCAUGGUGAAGCAGUCUGACCUGUUUGACAGAUGGAAGAGCCUCCAGAUAUGCAAGUGGGCAAUGGACAGUUCCGAAGCCAGCUUGUUCAAGUCCACCUUGUCCAGGUGCUGCAAUGCCCCUGGCUUUCUCUUCACCACCCAGAAGAACACUCCAGUAGAGACGAAUCUCAGGUAUGAGGUGGACUCCAGUGGCUUCUAUCACAUCUAUCAGGAGAUCUUCCGUAUGUUUCCCAAGGAAAUGCCCUACUACCGAUCCCAGUUUAAGAAGUGUGCUGUGGUGGGCAACGGAGGCAUCCUGAAGGACAGCGGCUGCGGGAAGGAGAUCAACAGUGCCGACUUUGUCUUCCGGUGCAACCUGCCCCCCAUCUCAGGGAAGUAUGCCACAGAUGUGGGAGAGAAGACAGAUGUAGUCACCGUGAACCCCAGCAUUAUCAUUGACAGCACCGCGGCGCUGGAGCUCUGUGAGGAGGUGCACCUGUUCGGCUUCUGGGCCUUCCCCAUGAACCCCUCAGGCUUCCACAUCACGCACCACUACUACGACAACGUCAAGCCCAAGCCCGGCUUCCAUGCCAUGCCCUCUGAGAUCUUCGCCUUCCUUCACUUGCAUAGCCGCGGCAUCCUCCAAGUACACACAGGCACCUGCAAUUAUGGCUGA